ACUUUUAUAUAAAUAUGAUCUUUUAUAUUCUUUUAUAAGAAUAUUUCUACCUACCUCUUUAUACCUAUCGUGCUAGAUAUUUUCUAAGAAAUACCUAAAUCGUUUCAUCUCUCUGAACUGCGCAUAGAAGGAUUCGUUCACUAUAUUCGACGGAAGCGAUACUAGCUACGUACUAGCGUCCCUUAAGUGCAUCAAGAGCAAGGAUUGCGAGCAGCAUUACACAAGUGGUGCCAAGUUCUUUUCAUGCCAAGACCUUUAGAUACCGAUGCCCAUUUCCCACUUGAGCUAGGAAAUCAGCUUCGUAGUAUCCCUUCCAUGCUCUCCACACAAAAGUUUGCUUUUCCCCUAGGGAUCUGGGUAUUUUUUAUCAUCAGUCAAACCUCCUCUCCACCCAGUCGUUCUACCUUCUGAAACGCAAUUAGUCCUCUCAGAAAGUCCCCUUUGAAAGAUGGCGGACAAUUACGAAGUCAGCAGUUCGCCACCGGCCGCCCAAGGCGUCGUGGAGCACAGCCACGAAUCAACCCCGCUCCUCCCAACGAACGCGUUCCGCAUCGCACACCACUCAAUCUCGAGACGCAUUGCACAUGAGGGCGAAAGUGGACGGAGCGGAUUCCACAUUCGCCAUUUCCUCUCUGUGCUUUGGCGAAGCUCAUGCACUGCCUCCAUGAUGGUCAACGUUCUCUGGCCCCUUGUACCGGUUGCUGUUGUGAUGCAGUUCUUGCCUGGCCUGCAUAUCUCCAAGUUUGCGACUGCCUACGUGGCUGUCGUGCCAUCGGCGAACCUUCUUGGGUUUGCCGGGCAAGAAUUCGCCCGCAAGAUGCCCAAGGUUGCUGGCAUAUUGAUCGAGACAACAUUUGGAUCCAUUGUCGAGAUCAUCUUAUUCCUCGUGCUCAUUCUGAAACAUGAGACGUCGGCUUCCCAGGAGAACGGCGACGAAAACAAUCUAAUUCCCAUUAUCCAGGCUGCAAUUCUUGGGAGCAUUUUGACGAAUUUGCUACUCUGCCUUGGCCUAUGCUUUUUUUUCGGGGGUAUCCGCCAUGCAAGUCAAAAGUUCCAUGCUAUUGUAUCCGAGGUCGGCACUGGACUGCUCCUAGUUGCUGCCUUUGGACUUUUGAUACCCAGCGCCUUCUACUCUGCCCUCAAGUCAGAGACAUAUACAAACCUCCCGGGGCUAUGGGUGAGACAUGAGAAUCUCACCGAGGGCACUCUCCAGGCUGAUGUCCUUCGCAUCAGUCGGGCGACCUCGAUUGCUCUCAUCGUUGCCUUUCUACUUUAUGUCUGGUAUCAGGCCAGUAGUCAGCACAGCAUCUUCGAUGAGGUCAUUGAGACAGAUGAGCACCGCGAUGCCGACCGUGAAGCGGAUAUGGAGAAGCCCAAAUUCACCUUAACUGAGGCUGUAAUCGCCCUACUCAUGUCACUGGUGCUAGUGACGCUUCUUCUCAUCUUCCUGGUUCGAGGCAUUGAACAUGUCGUCCAUAGCGGCAUCCCGGACCAAUUCCUUGGACUUAUUUUGCUUCCUCUGGUGGAGAAAGCAGCGGAACAUUUGACCGCCAUUGAUGAAGCUUGGGAUGGAGUCAUCAAUGUGGCACUUUAUCAUUGCCUAGCUCCUUCCAUCCAAACGGCUCUCUUCAAUGGACCGUUGGUCGUAUUGGUCGGAUGGGCUCUACAGAAACCAAUGGAUCUCAACUUCGAGAUAUUCAUGAUAGCUCUUCUCGUCCUAUCAAUUCUUGUUGUGGGAAAUUUUCUGCGGGAUGGAGAAUCAAAUUGGCUCGAAGGUGCUUUGCUUGUAGUUGUGUAUGCAAUCAUUGCCAUCGCUUGCUGGUAUUAUCCCAACCCUGACGUGGCAACUUCCAACAGCUUGUAUUCUUCGGAUAUGGUCAAUGUCACAAUCAGCGCUGAAGCACUUCAAGAACUCAAACAGUUUUUUUCGAAAAGUACAAGCAGUCUAAGUUCUUGUGUUAGGGAUUGACGAGACUAUCAGCAUAAUGUAGUUUUGUGAAUAGUAGCACUAUGGGAAAUCUGGCGUUGACCUUAGAACCAUACUUGCGGAGCUUGCAGGUGUGUUGCCACGAAUGUUUUCCGAUCAUGUGGUGGAUGUGGGUGGCAUGGCAGUCAGACAUAAGUUUGAAGGCGGGCUCACAAUGUUGUGAAUAAUCCCGGCACACAGAGUCAUCUGUCAAUCCAUAUUGUGUCGUUGAAUGCGCUCUACCUAUAUUAUUUCUAUUAUAAAUUGAAGCUGGGCUCGACAUCCUCCGAAUCGAACGAAACACUACCUAGAUACAUGUCGUGAAGGAAUGCCCA